ACAGAUUAAGCAGACUACAUUUUUCUCGGGAAGAAUUUCAUCCGAGCACCAAGUCGCUCUUAUGCUGAUGUAAGUUCAAUGAGUGAGCUACCAGCUGUGCUAUUAGACGUGUGAAGAUGACAGACUGUCAAGGGGAUGCGGCGAGGAGUCCAAUGGAGCUCUAUGAGAAACUGACAGCACAGGGGGACAAAGUGAGGAGCUUAAAAACAGCUAAAGCUGAGAAGGCUGAAAUUGAUGCCGCGGUCCAGUUAUUGCUCAAAUUGAAAGUGGACUACAAACAGGCGACGGGUCAGGACUACAAAGUGGGAUGUCCGCCAUCCGAAAAUUCACUUACCUCAGAAAAUGGCCUCGCAGCAGAUGGCAACAAUGGUGAUGAUGAAGUUAACCCCUGGAGUGUCUCCACAAACAACGCAAAGGGCGUUGAUUAUGACAAACUCAUUGUGCGCUUUGGCAGCAGUAAAAUCGACCAAGAGCUGGUGGACAGAAUAGAGAAAGUGACAGGGCAGAAACCUCACCACUUUCUUCGUCGCGGAAUCUUCUUCUCACACAGAGACAUGCAUCAAGUGCUGGACACGUAUGAGAAACACAAGUCCUUCUUCCUGUACACUGGCAGAGGUCCCUCGUCACAGGCCAUGCAUGUUGGCCACCUCAUCCCCUUUAUCUUCACCAAAUGGCUGCAGGAUGUGUUUGACAUCCCCCUGGUGGUCCAGCUGACUGACGACGAGAAGUACCUGUGGAAGGACCUGACGCUGGAGCAGUGCCACCAGUUCGCCGUGGAGAACGCCAAGGACAUCAUCGCGUGCGGUUUCGACGUCAACAAGACCUUCAUCUUCUCCGACCUCGACUACACGGGUGCGUCACCGCAGUUCUACAGGAAUGUGGUGAAGAUCCAAAAGCAUGUGACGUUCAACCAAGUCAAAGGCAUCUUCGGCUUUACAGACAGCGACUGCAUCGGAAAGAUCAGCUUCCCAGCCAUCCAGGCGGCACCUUCCUUCAGUAACUCUUUCCCACACAUCUUCGGAGACAAAAAGGACAUUCAGUGUCUCAUUCCCUGUGCCAUAGACCAGGACCCCUACUUCCGAAUGACCCGCGACGUGGCCCCCAGGAUCGGCUACCCCAAGCCGGCGCUGUUGCACUCCACUUUCUUUCCCGCCCUGCAGGGGGCGCAGACCAAGAUGAGCGCCAGUGACGCUAAUUCUUCCAUCUUUCUCACCGACACGGCCAAACAGAUCAAGAACAAGAUCAACAAGUAUGCAUUUUCGGGGGGGAAAGACACUGUGGAGGAGCACCGGAAGUACGGCGGUAACGUAGACGUGGACGUCUCCUUCAUGUACUUGACCUUCUUCUUGGAAGAUGAUCAUAAGCUGGAGAAGAUCAGACAGGACUACACAAGUGGCGCUCUCCUGACCGGAGAACUGAAGAAGAUGUUGAUCGAAACCCUGCAGCCAAUCAUCGCCGAGCAUCAAGAGCAACGCAAGCAAGUCACGGACGAGAUGGUCAAGCGGUUCAUGACACCCCGGCCUUUGAAUUUUAACCUCUAGCUCAUUGAUGAACAACAACAAAAACCUACAUCUUGAUCAAAACUCAUGUCAUUAUACUGGGGAAAAGAACAGAGUGGUUUCUAUCAGGGCUGGGGAAAAUGUUGAUAUCUUUUACUGGAGGGAAGAGGUGCGUGCACUACAUCUCCAUGUUUAAUUUAAAACCGGGAAAUGUGAUUAUAAAGUGUAAAUUAAACUAAUGUCUCACUCCAAUAUGUAUUUUAUGGUGGCGUAUUGUCAUAAUAGCCAUCCAUCCAUUUUCUGAGCCGCUCAUCCUAACAACGGUUGCGGGAGUACUAGAGCCUAUCCCAGCUAUCAUUGGGCAGGAGGCGGGGUACACCCUGAACUGGUUGCCAGCCAAUCGCAGGGCAUAUAUAAACAAACAACCAUUCGCACUCACAUUCAGACCUAGGGGCAAUUUAGAGCCGUCAAUCAACCAACCAUGCAUGUUUUUGAGAUGUGGGACGAAACCAGAGUGCCCGGAGAAAACCCACGCAGGCACGGGGAGAACAUGCAUGUAAAAAUGGCGAUUUUCGUCUAAAUAUAUUACAACUUUAUUCAUAAAAUGUGCUUUUUUUCUGACCAUUAUAUAAAAUUACAACAUCAUUCUCUUAUAUUAUGAACUUAUUCUUCUUUUUCCGUGUAAUAUGACUACUACUAUUAAGUUUUAUUUUGGAGGUUUUUCAACUUUUCUCUUAAAAUGUACAUUUUAUUCUCAUAAAAUUGUAAAUAUUUUUACUCGUAAAAUUCAGAUUUUCUUGUCAUUUUCCACUCUUUUCUCUCAUACAAUUAUUCAUUUUUUUUACUUUAUCAUAAAAAUAUGUCAAUUUUUUUUCUUGUAAAACUAAGAUUUUAUGCACGUAAUAUUACAAAUUCUUGUAAAAUUGUCAUAAAAUUGACUUGUUUUUGCAAUGUGCUUGUAAAAUGUAUUUUAUUCUCGCAAUUUUUCAACUCUCAAGUUUUGUAAUGCUAUGACAGUUAGGUAGAUUUUUUUCUGGUAAUUAGGCUUUAUUCUCUUAGUAUUUUGUUAAAAUUUCUCUCUUUACUAUUUCAAAUGUUACACUUUCCAUUAAAUUCUCAUUCUUUGUUCUCCAACACUAACUACUGCUAGCAUGACGACUCAAAGUUCAGGCCAGUGAACUGUGCCAAAACAUGGUGAUCUUUAAAUAUUUAGCCUUUAAAUAUUUAGUCUAACACCGUCCCAGUGAACCAUUUCCAGAUAAGAAAACUGUAAAGAUUGACCCAGAAGCAAGAAGGUUGGAGUACACUCACCAGACACAUCAUUAGGUACACUAGUCACACAGGCUGGCAAGUGAUUUCGAACUGCUUUGCGUCACAAUGAUAAAAAGAAUAUAAAAACUAUAUAUAUAUGAAUAUACAUUAAUUAUUUCAGUCACAUCUUUUAAUGUCGAUCAUCUAUGAAAACCACAAAGUUGAAUAGGCUGAUAAAGCCAAGACAAUGCCCAGUUGCCUACCAUAAAAAUAUGUUUUUAAAAAAAUAACAACAUAAAAAUACAUUAAAAAUAUUCACUGAAAAAAAGACUUAAAAAGUAUUAAGGGCAAUAAUGUGUUUUGAAAAAAAAAACAUACAAAUUAUUUUUGUAAAGGCACUUUUUUUGAGGUUGGAAACUUAUAGCUCUUCUGGGUUGUUGAAAACCAAUAAUUCCAGCUGCCUUCCACUCGCAAACGUUAGAUAAAAUAUAUUUUAAAAAAUGACUCGAAAUCAAAUAUAUUUGGUAUAGCGAAUGAUAUAAAAGUUACAAAAUGAUACUCCAUUACAUAUGUUAAUUAAAAUAAAUAAAUAUCAAAUAAAAUUUGAAUAAUUAAAAAUAACAAAUCUUAGAAGUGACAAAAAUAAUACAAAUAAAAUACUACCUGAUUGAGCUUUAGAGGUGCUGCAAAGAGGAUUGUGUGAAACUUCCCAAAGAUAGAUGUGGCGAGCUUGUGGCAUUAGGCUGUAAUUUCUGCCAAAGUUGCAUCAACAAAGCAUUGAUUAAACGCUGUGUAAACUUA